AUUAGACACAAAGGUGUACGAUAGUUUUCAAGAUAAAAACCGGGAACCAGACAGUGCAUGCACGACAACAACAUACAUGUCGAACGAAACAGUUUCAGAUGUCUGUUACUGUUCCACUAAGGAACAUCCCCCAAUACCAGAACCGAUCAGUAGCGAGGAUAAAGCUAAACAGCUGGAACAAGAACUCGCCAUUAACCCAACAAACACAAGCGCUGCUUUACGCAAACUCACCAGUGCAGAGGACAACAGACCGAGUGCAGUUGGAGUGGGUUAUCUUGGUGUUGGAUUACUGACAGCGGUGUUUGGUGGCCUUUUCUUACUCGACUUAAAUGUGAUUCUGGCGGGAAUCAAAGAUUUAUUCUGUACAUCAGCAGACGUUCAGAACUCCGUAGCUGUGGAGGAGACAGACUGCUAGACACAAGCUUUCAGUUUCACACGGCUGUUCUGACAGAUCAGUUUUACAUCAUUUUUGUCCAUUUUGCAGCAUCAUUACCACCAAAAACCAGUUACAUCAGCCGUAACAAACAAUACGCAGUUUUGUUUUUAAAAUUGAAAAUAUAUAUAUAUAAAAGUGGUUA